AGAAGGGUGCUCCACUCGAGACGAGUUGCCGCGCGUGAAAACGAGUCUUAAACAGUUUCUUUAACAUAAGUCAUAAAUGCAAUAAACGGCGAAGCAAACGAAAGAGUUCAAUUAGUAUAUAUGCAAAGUGCAGCGGGCAGCUCGCUUAUGGCGCCAGUGAAAUUCGAUUUACAAGUGACGAUGCAACUUAGCAACAACAACAAAGCAACAACAGUGUAGCACACUUGGCCAGCGAAAUUGAACGGUGGCCGUAAAACCGGUAAAAGCGGCAUUUGAACCAAAAACAACAAAAACAAAAACMAAAAAAUAYASACCCGACUGCAAGAACUUGUAGCGUAAGCGAUAUUCAGGGCUGAGUGAAAAAUAAAAAUAACAAAUCACUUAAAUUUAACGACCGUGGAACUAGUGCUGCCGCGGCACUCCAAAUAAUUAUUACAACAACAAACGCCGAAGUAAAAGCAAAAGUGUAACUUUCCGCUCGAAAUUGUAACUGUGUCCCUGUUGCAUUUCCAAAAUACACACAUGUGUGCAUGMAUGUGUGUGUUUUCCGAUAAAACUCACUAAAAUUCUGCGCUCGUCCUACUCGUCGGCGCAGUUUUUUUGCAAUUUACAGUUUCUGAAAUUCCGAYUUCGUGCCAAUUUCCCAGAUAUUCGCCAAAAACUGCAAGCAUUUCGCCGCGAAGUCCAACAACAACUCAAACAAAUGUAAAAGCGCCAUAGAUAGUUUAAAUAAAAAUAAUCAAAACGAGAUCAACGAACCAGAAACACAACAAAAACAAUCAGCAAGCAGCGCGAGUUUCGGAUUUUUGGCUUUUAGUUUUGUUUUGCCCACACACGCAUACACACGCGCGCAUAUUUACAUACAUACAGCUGAGUCUGAGCGAACGUGCAUAUAUUAGCCAUUUAACGGUACUUUGCAUACGACUUUAUUUCGGCGUCGCUUGAAACAAAUGCAAAUUAAUAUCGGAAAUUAGCACAAAGACGACUUGGCAAAAGUACAAACAAUAGCAACAACAAUCCAAAUAAAAUCGUUGAAUCAAACAUUAACACUGUGAGCUGCUCGAAAGCUUGCAAUUUCACACAAUUUCUUUAAUAAAAUUUUUUAUUUAAAUUUACUAGCGACUAAAUGAUUUAAUCUCUUUACUAAAAAAUAAAUAUUCAUCAGUGUGAAAACAUUAACGAAAAUAUUUUGCAUGCGAAAUAAAURCGAUUCAUCAAAUCUAUAGCCAACUAAACAAAAACGAAAAAAGUAAAACAAAAACAACAACAAAGCCAGAUUUAUCUUCAUUUGGUUGCUGACACUUGGCGGCUUUGUUUUUAACUAAGAUUAUAACCAGCAUAAAAGAUAUCAGCCUUAACCUAACCUGGCGUGUGGCACAUAACCAGUUCGUUGUACCGAUUACUUACGUACCACUGUACCUAGAAUUUAGCGGCUGAGUGUAUCGCGACGAAGCCGAAUGCAGUAUCUCACUUACGCACUGCAAACAUCCUCACGUUUCCUCACAACGUCCGCACCCACAACCAACACAAACACCGCCUUCAACAACAAUAACAACAACUACACUAACCCGCCCACAAACAGAGCGAUCAGGGCACAAUCCAACAACAACACAGACUUAAAUUUUCCUAACCAAAAUCCCAACAACAACAGCAAUAAUCGCCAACAGCCGAGAAUCACCACGACGAACUACAUCUCAGGCACUUCGCGUCGCAGUAGCAACAAUUCAGCAGCGAUAGCAGCCGCAACAACAAAAGUAUCGUUUGCGCAGAGCGAAGUCAUUCACAACUACCAAACAACAUCCACCACAACAACACUACCAUCAAUUCAUAGCACUUGUCACGAGUGCAGCUGCAGCGACGCAACAACAUUCGGAACAACCAGCGCAGCAGAAGAAACAGCUGCCGCCGCGCCGCCAGCCGCAACAGUAGCGCCAUCAGCGACAACGGUGCCGCAGCGCGAAUGAAAUUUACUCACGAUUAAUGUUAGCAUUGCGCGCAACAAACUGCUUUCAUUCUUCAAUCGCGACAUGGCCGCAACGGAUGGCCAAAUAAUACUGGCCGCCUCCCGCUUCGGUGACACCGAACCGCCGGUGUACCUGCGCGAGUUCUCCAAACAGCGAUUGCCCGCGGUCGCAAAAAUYGUCAAGGGACAACAUCAGAACCUUGGUGUGCCCACACUGUCRGCGCCCUCUCUUCAGAGUACGGCACUUUUCCUGAGCGCCGGCAAAAGGUAUCAGAUACUCGCACAGCCGAUCAAAAUCAAAGAGGGACGCAAGACGACAAAUGUCGGUGCAAAGGUGCUCAUACCGGAAACCUAUCCCGGUUACUUUGAGCUACUCAGCGAAGAUGGCCGUUCAACGCGUUGCAUCGAUUCGGUGCUCGAGCUUUCGAAGCGACGCAAUUUACGCGUUCUCGUGCGUGAGACGUUCCGKUGCACSCAGAUGAAUCGCACCAUUCACGCGGGCGAACUGCUGACRACGAUGAACGACAAUGGCAAGUACUUGCAAUGCAAAAAUAUAAAAGACGAGAUCAUCAAUUUGCCACUCGAUACCAAAGCGAAAUUCUCACCGAUCGCCAAGGAGGACAGCAUUAGCGGGGUGCAUACGGUGAAGAAUCUACUACUCAAACGGAUGCCAGUCAUUGUGAGACUUGUCCAUGGUAGUGCUCCYAAAGGUCUGAAGCAACCCUUCGUACCAGAGCUGCGUCUGCUCGGCUGUGUCGAAAUCGAUCGUAUAUUUGCGCUGCCCAUGCAGAAGGAUCACGAUUUGGUGCCAGUACCGCUCAAUGUAAAGAUUAAGUUGCAGCGCGCACGCAACAUGGAGCAGUUGGAGCACUUCAUAGAGUAUACCAGAUUCCUCGAGAAGGCGCAGCGUCUGUUGUCGGAUGCACGAGAUCGCCUGCAAAUAGUUGAUCUUAAGUUGUCGGAGAAGGAGAAGAAAGACUCCAAGUUCAGUAGUCGCAACAAAUUACCCGUGGUUAUGUUGCCAUCGGCCGCUGUCACCGGCGGUCUUAUGGAGAACGGCUAUGUGCUACGUAAGAGCGCCAGCUGUGAUGCAUAUGGCAAGGGUAUCGGUGGGGCAGGGGGGGUACUUACAAGCGCCGAAAUCGCCGAAGAGUAUAACGAAAUCGAUCACAUUUACGAUUACGUCCGCGGYUUGACGCCACUCUCCAAAGGGUUGUCGCGUUUUGAGCCGAUCUGCGAAACGCCGACUAUCAAGUCGCAUCACACCGACAGUAGCGGCAAUUAUUGCAGUCUCAUACGUGUGGGUGCGCACGCGAGCAACAGCAAUAAUAACAAUAACAAUAGCAACAGCUUAAAUGCCAGCAGCGGCAGCAACAUAAAUCACAGCGGUGGCGGUGGCGGUGCCGGUGCCGGUAGCGGCAAUAAUCUUAACAGCAAUAACAACAACUACAGUAGUUUAGAGUCAGUCAAGCAGACGACGAACACCAACACGAAUAGCAGUCACAAUAGCAGCAAUCACAGCCACAAUAACAAUCACAACAACACUGGCGGCAGUGGCGGUAGUGUUGGUGGCAACCAUCACCAUCACCACCAUCAUCAGAGCCACAGYCAUAGUCAUCAUCACAACCACCCACACCCACACCCACACCCGCACGCGCACCCACAUGCCCAUCAGCCAGGCAGUGGAGCCAUGGUUAACCACUACCACCAUAACCAUGUUCAAGAGGACAUCAAGCCAGUGCCACCGCCCAUUGAAACUAUACCGGGCAAGAAGUUGCCUGAAAAGCGGCAACGUCCCACAUUACCAAAGCUUUAUCUGAAGAACACGAACAGUGCGGGCACCACAGCAACUGCGGCCGCGGCGGCCAGUCAUCAUAAUCAACAUCAUCACUCGGCGCAGACGCAACACGCUCACACUGGCAACUCGACAGCAGCAGUGGUGAAUGCCACAGCGGCAGCGGUGGCAGCGCAUCAUGUCCAUCAUUACCACAGCAAAGUGCUGACACCUAGCAACAGUAAUAACAACAGUGGUUCUCAUGCCGCAAAUGGACCACUUAGUGCCGGUAUUAUGGGGGCCAGUAAGGAAUGCAUUCUGGAGCCACAGUCACCACUCUUUCAUAUCAGGUACAAGAGCCUCAGCAGCUUGCAGUUGACGCCCGAAAACACCUCCAUUGCCGUCACACCGAUCUCAAGUAACCCCAAAGGUAAUCAGUCAACCGCWAUACCACCGGAUGUGGUACUCAAAUGCAACAGCAUUCUCAACCACCAGUCGCAUCACGCGCACAACCUACCACCACCGCCGCCGCCACCACUCAGCAAAAGCGCCAGCACUGCCGGCGGCUUAGCAGCUGUAGCCGGCCUCGGCAUGGGCCUGGGURUGGGUGUCAUACACCAUAAUCCACGCGAAGGUACACUCGACUCGUCGCGCAGCGGCGGRCGKACCUCUGGCGAUUCCAACAAGUUGCCCGAAAAGAAGACGCGUCGCCUGUCGCGUCCGCGUAGUCUAUCGAAUUUAGUCUGGGAUCUGCGGCCAUCCAAAGAGAAGUCAAAAAAGAAAUUAUAUAUACAUCACUUCGAUCACCGCCAACAGGCGACACUAUAUUUGUAGUCAGGUGGCGGGAGGGUUGCAGCGGUGCGCUACUGGAAAAUGGCGGGACAAGUGGUCGAAGAAAUUGCCAUACAUAGACUUUAAAUAAGAUCUUUCGUAGAAAUAUKGGGCAUAGCUAUUUUGAAUACUUUAAGUUUGCGGUGGAAUGAAGACAGUACCAAUGAAAGAUGAAUGAUGUUGCCAUCACUUUAGAAACCUAAACAACCAUUUGAACGGAAUUUUAAUGCAUUAUCUUAAGCUUCUGAUCCGAUAUCUUCGUCCAGUUAGAAACCACGAUUGGAACACCAGCGCUAGUGUCAAUUUCCGAUCUUACGCGGAACCACUAAAAACUUUAAACGUCAAAGAUGAAAUGCACAAACCUAGAAAUUAGACAUUUAAACACAUUUAUUGAGAAAUGGAGUAAGAAGAGAACAAAUAUCUUAUAAACUUAGUAGAGAAAGCUUUAAAACUAUUUUUUCUCAAUUAAUUAGAUUGUGCCUUUUAUUAGCAAUUAAAAUCCUUUUAAAUAACAAAUUUUAAUAAAGUUAAAAGCUUAUUGGAAAUAUUGUGGCAAGACCCCCAGCAUACAUUUGUAUGUAUGAACAAUUAGUUAAGGUGUUUGGCUCACUUUUGGCACUUUCUUAAAGAAACUAAUAUACAAAAGCCAACUAUUAAGUUUUUGAAACCCUCAAAACUACGAAAAAAUAUUUGAAAAAUAUAAAAUUUUUGAUAUUUUUCCCAAAAUAUUUUUGAUCAUGUGAGAUCCCAAAAAAAUAUUUAAAAAAACCAGAAACAUAAGAGUUUGCAACAAACGCACAAAGAACGCCGAAAGGUGAAAACUGGAAGCAAAACAAGUCAGUGCUGUGCUGGCUUCGCACUGAAUCUUGAGAAGAUUCCUUGCGAGGCCCGCCCAGACACUAAGGGACGCCAUAAGUAGAUAACAAAGAAAACAAUUAAACAAUAAAAUAAAAGUGAAAGUGGAAGUGGAAGCAGUCUGAGAUAAACUGCAUUGAAUAUGAGUUAAAGUAAACAAAAUAUGCAACAACAACACUUCAAGUCUUUAAAAUUGUGAUUUUAAUUUUAUGUCAAAAAAAUGUACGUAGAAGCAUGCGAGAGUGCGCAGAGUCGGCAUUGGCGGAUUUUGUUGUGUUCGAAUCCGCGCGCGAGACCAGCCAGCCGGCGACGUUAUAAUAAUCUAUAAAUUAAGUGCAUCAUCUUAUUACAUUUUACUUGUUUAUUACUCAUGCAUACUUGCAGUCGCAUUUGUGUCCCAGUAGUUUUAUGUACGCUAAGUUAAUUUACAUUUUAUAUUUAUACGUUAAAUGCUUUUGUCAGUCACGUGUGCUUUUGAACAGUGCGGAGUCGGAGGCGCAAACUCCUCAGCAUUUUCAAAAGUGAUUAGUUUAAUGAAUAAAGAAUUUAUGCAAAACACAGGGCGGGAAGUGUGUGUGUGUGGGUAUGUAGUAGCCGCUGAGCGUUGAGUAAGCGCACUCAGCUUCGACUCCCCACGGGCGCUGUCGGCUGCUGCACAUUCAGCCGCACGGAACAACCAACAACGCAACUAACUUUUGCCUUGUGAAUGUGCAGCGCUUAGGAUAGACACACAUGCACACAUAUUUGCUCAGACUCAGCUGUUCAAUUGAAUCCGCUACACAUACCGUUAUAACUUCAGCACGUUAAAUAGUAGAAUGAGAACAGUCAGAGCACUGAUCGUUAGUAAUUGAUAGUUGUCUAGCUAAAGCUCAAAACUCAAUUAUUACAAAUGUCGGCAAAACUAAAAAUAGUUACAAUAACAAAAACACACGAAAAUAAACAUAAAU